AACGAAAAUCCCUAAUUAUGAAACGCAAAAGCACCAAUGUUAUUCCUUUCUUAAUAGUGCAUAUAUAAUGUUCUGCGAAUCCACCCAUUUUUUGCUUAUGUGGCAUUCCCUAAAGUGCAUAUACCUGUAUAAAGUUAUAUAUGUAUACAAUCCUUUCCUGCACCAGUACGCGGGAGCGGGAUGAUACAUCAUUUUCAGUGGAAUUGUCUUAAUGAAUGUACGAAUUAUAUGGCGAUGGCAUAAACCAAGUGAUGUGUGUACAAUUUGUAUUAACGUUAAUACAAUUUUAAUUAUGUACAGGACAAAAUAUAUUUUAUACUGCUGUGCUAUCUGCUAUCAGUUUAGUUGAAGGUGGUGUUUUUGCUUGUGCAUGUGAAUCGCUAAAUAUACAAGUAAUUUUCGUAUAAUGGAAUCCACGGAUAACACUGACAAGUGCUACGAAGUGGAGAAGUUACUUUCCGAGUGGGGCUUUGAAAAGUACAUAAACGCCUUUAAGGAUCAAGAAAUAGAUACCGUCACACUACGUCAUAUCGAAGACGCAGAGCUACGAGAACUAAUACCAUUAGCUGGGCCCAGGGUAAUGUUCAAAGCGCAGUUGAAAUUGUGGCGUAAUAACAUAACCCAAUCCCAAAUAAAUACAGAACAAACCGAGGUUCAACCAGAGCAACAGAAAAAUAUUACAGGGGAAGAAGUAACAGAUGACAUAAAUCGAGAAGAAAUGGGUGAUAACAUAAUUGAAGAGGAGAAUGUGCAUCAGCCAGCAACACAAAAAGGUCGUUUAGGAACGAAAGUAAAACAAUUUUCGUCAGUAGAAACGAAUUACCGAAACUGUUGUGAGAGAACCUGAAAUGGAAAAUGAGUACGUUAUUUUCGGGCGUAGCAUUGCAGCGCAACUAAUGAAGCUUUCACCAUAUUCCGCCAUACAAGCACAGGAUCGCAUACAAUCUGUACUUACACAAUUUCAAUUGCAGGAUCUACAGAAAUGCAUCAUACGUAAAUACACCUUUGCAGUCUCCUUCAGAGGAGCAAUUUUCUGUGAGCGAAAUGUCGGGAACGUAUUCGAACAAAUAAU